AUGGCUUCGAAUCCUCCUCCAUUUCAGGUGGAGGAUACGGAUGAGGAUUUCUUUGAUAAAUUGGUGGAGGAUGACCUGGACCCGCCGGGGAAGGCGGCAGCUGCGGCGGCGGCGGGGUUCGGUUUGAACGAGGGGAGUGAUUCCGACGAGGCCAAGGCGUUUGCUAAUCUGAGUAUUGGUGAGUCCGCGGCGGAUUCGGAGGUUAAAGGCGGUGCGGAUUUGGAUAAGGGAGAGGCGGUGGCGGAUGCGGUUGGGUUUGGUAAUGUGGUGGAGUCGAGUGAUUUGAUCAACGGUGCGGCGGAGAAUAAUCAUGAUGGAUUGAAGUCGGAUUCGGAAUCGGUGGUGAGGAAGGGGAAUGAUUCCGGGGUUCCGGGGGUUAAGCAGGUGGAUUGGGGUAAGUUUUAUUCCAAUUCGGAUCAGAAUGGGGGCAACGGGUUCGGAUCCUACUCGGAUUUCUUCAAUGAGUUGGGGGAUUUUCCCGCCAAUGUGGAUGGGAAUUUGAUUGGGCAACACAAUGUGGUAUCCGGCAGUGAAGAUUAUAGAGCCAACAGUUUGACUGCGCAACCGAAUGUGAUAUCUGGCAGUGCAGAUUAUACAGCCAACGGUUUCAGCAAUUCGGUUAAUUAUAGCCAGCCUUAUCAAGAGGUUCAAGCUUAUGGAGAAGAAAGCAAAAACAACCAGCCGGAUGUAAACAGUGCCGAGUACUGGGAAAGUCUGUAUCCUGGGUAUAAGCUGGACGUCAACACAUGGCAGUGGUAUCGGGUGGACGAUGUGAUGACCGUUACUGAUACUAAAACGGAGGUUUCGCAGCAGCAAACACCUCAACCUGCUUCUGAAACUGUGACUCAAACCAGCACGAAUCAAGUUUCCCAAGGGACUAAUGGGUACCCUGCACACAUGUUUUUUGAUCCCAAUUACCCUGAUCUUUACUGGGACACAGUUGACGGGAAGUGGUAUUCAUUGGAAGCAUAUCAUUCUUCUUUGCAAACCACGACCACAACACCAGCCCCUGUCCAGAAUGAUAGUAAAUUAUACGGUAAGUAUGGAGCACCUGACGGUUACGUGUCACAAGAGGUCAGUAACCAUCGUCAAGAUACUAGUUGGCCGACUUAUAAUAAUUACAUUCAGCAAGUGAAUAUACGGCAACCUGAGCCAAGUAAUGGACACCAACAGUUGGGUAAUCCAACAGCAUGUCAUGGUCAUGGUGAGACUAAUGGGAUUGGUAAAUUCCAAAGCUUCAUUCCUGGUGGAAACUUUAACCAGCCAUUUGCUCAAAGAAAUACAACGCUGAAUGAUCAAAUCCAAUUUCCAGAUGAUUUUCAUGGCAGUCAGAAACCUGUACAUUAUUCGCAACAACCUUUCCAGAGUGACAACCAGAUUCCAUAUGCUCCAACUGUUGGAAGAUCCUCUGCUGGGCGUCCUCCACACGCCCUAGUAACUUUUGGAUUUGGUGGAAAACUCAUUGUGAUGAAAGACAGUAGUAGUCUUGGGAACUCGUCUUAUGGAAGCCAGGAUCCUGUAGCAGGCUCAGUUUCUGUCCUAAAUUUGACAGAAGUUUUCAUGCAAAAACCUGAUUCUUCAAGUUUUGGGAUGGCGACGUGUGAUUAUUUUCGGGCUUUAUGCCAACAAUCCUUUCCAGGGCCCUUGGUUGGAGGAAAUGUUGGGAGCAAAGAGUUGAACAAAUGGAUUGAUGAAAGGAUUGCUCACUGUGAUUCACCCGACAUGGAGUAUAGGAAAGGAAAAGUAUUGAGGUUACUUAUUUCUUUGCUGAAGAUAGGUUGUCAACACUAUGGAAAACUUCGAUCUCCUUUUGGUACCGACACUCUAUCCAAGGAAAAUGAUACUCCCGAAUCGGCAGUUGCUAAGCUUUUUGCAUCUGCAAAGAGCAAUGGUGCACAGCUUGGUGAGUAUAAUGCUCUUAGCCACUGUGUGCAGAACAUCCCUUCAGAAGGACAAAUACGGGCAACUGCUUCUGAGGUACAAAAUCUACUGGUUUCUGGUAGAAAGAAAGAUGCUUUACAGUGCGCGCAAGCAGGUCAAUUGUGGGGGCCGGCGCUUGUUCUUGCUUCACAGCUUGGCGAACAGUUAUAUGUGGAUACUGUUAAGCAAAUGGCAGUAUGCCAGCUAAUUCCAGGAUCACCUUUGCGAACAUUAUGCCUGCUUAUUGCAGGCCAACCUGCGGAGGUGUUUUCUGCUGACACUACAUCUGAAAUCAGUGUUCCAGGUGCUAUUAAUAUGCCUCAACAUCCUGGGCAGUUUGGUUCAAAUAAAAUGCUUGAUGAUUGGGAGGAGAAUUUGGCUGUGAUAACUGCAAACAGAACAAAGGAUGAUGAACUGGUAAUCAUUCAUCUUGGAGAUACCUUGUGGAAGGACAGGAGUGAGAUUACUGCAGCGCACAUUUGCUAUUUAAUUGCAGAAGCAAAUUUCGAGUCAUACUCAGAUACUGCAAGAUUAUGUCUGAUUGGAGCAGAUCACUGGAAAUUGCCUCGAACGUACGCUAGCCCAGAGGCCAUUCAGAGGACUGAGUUAUAUGAAUAUUCAAAGGUGCUCGGAAACUCUCAGUUUAUUCUUCUACCAUUCCAGCCAUAUAAGCUCAUAUAUGCACACAUGCUUGCUGAAGUUGGAAGAUUAUCUGAUUCGUUGAGGUACUGUCAAAUAAUAUUGAAGUCUUUAAAGACUGUAAGAGCACCUGAAGCGGAAACAUGGAAGCAGCUAGUUUUAUCUCUUGAGGAUAGGAUCAGAGCUCAUCAGCAGGGCGGAUACUCUGUAAAUUUUGUUUCUACUUUCAAAGGUAAAUUGCUCAACUUCAUCGAUAGUACUGCCCAUCGUGUUGUCGGCCUACCACCACCCGCACCAUCCACAUCCCAAAGAAGUAUUCACUGUAAUGAACAUUACCAACAGCCAAUGGGCCCCAGAGUAUCUAGUAGUCAGUCGACCAUGGCCAUGUCGUCCUUAAUUCCUUCUGCUUCUAUGGAACCCAUAAAUGAUUUUGGCAAUAGAAAGCCGAUGCAUAAUAGAAGUGUUUCAGAGCCUGACUUUGGCAGAACUCAGGUUGAUCCAUCAAAGGAAAUAAACAUGCCUGAUGGACAGCAAAAAACCUCUGGGGGGACUUCCCGCUUGUCUGACCUGUUCCAAAAGGCUGUCCGAUUCGUGGGACCUCGCACUGGGAAACAGGCAAAGUUGGGUGAAACAAAUAAGUUCUACUAUGAUGAAAAACUUAAGAGAUGGGUUGAGGAAGGUGCUGAACCUCCAGCUGAAGAACCUGCAUUGCCUCCUCCCCCAACAACUGCAGCCUUCCAGAAUGGUGUUUCUGAUUACAACUUGAGAUCUGCUUUAAAGAAAGAAGGAUCCCCAACUAAAGGGGGCCCAGAGUUGCAUACUUCACCUCCUCCAGGACCAACUUCAGGGACCCCUCCUGUUCCACCCAGCUCAAAUCAAUUCUCAGCUCGUGGACGAAUGGGCAUUAGAUCCAGAUAUGUUGAUACUUUCAACCAAUCUGGGGGAAUGCCAGCCAACUUGUUCCAGUCAUCAUCUGUUCCAUCUGUUAAGCCUGCUGUUGCUGCCAAUGCAAAGUUUUUCAUUCCCACUCCAGUGUUAACAGGUGACCAGACAAUGGAUGCUAUUGUCGAACAUGCACAAGAAGAUGGUGCAACAACUAAAGAAGAUCCUUCAACAUCAGCCAGGAAUAACUUUUUCCAUGCUCCACCAUCAUCAUCACCGAGUAUGCAGAGGUACCCAAGCAUGGGUAAUAUCCAAAACAUGGGAGUCAUGCCAAAUUCCAAUGGCCCUGUUCCACCUCACUCACGAAGGACGGCAUCUUGGGGUGGGAGCUCUAAUGAUAUAUUUAGCCCUCCAAAGACGGGUGAAAUAAAACCUUUAGGGGAGGCAUUAGGCAUGUCCCCUACUUUCUAUAGGCAUAAUGAGCUGCCUUCUCAAAUGCACGCACCAAUGAAUGGUGGCGGUUUUAGUGAAGAUCUUCAUGAAGUGGAACUUUGAGCUGAAGUAGUGAAGAUGUAAAUAUCAAGUUUUGCUCUUAGUGAUCAAUACAAUUACUAAUGACGUUCCUGCUCCUGCAUCUGUCAAAAGGUCAAAAUGGUGGUAUGUGCCGGAAGUAAGUUCAUGGUACGGUCAUUUUCUUUCCCACUAUUCCUACUUCCACCCUAACAUGUAUCUUGAAAUGUAAUUGGCGCAAUUCUUUUGCUUUGAGCCAAUGUUUAUUUGAAUCCCUGGGAGUUGCCACUGUCCAAGUCUUGGGAGAAAGGUACUUUUUUGGUUCCCAAAAAAGAGAGAGAAGCCUGCAUGGGCGCCAAUGUACAGAUCCAUUUGUUCAUUUGUUUAAAACAGAAAAUGUUCCUUGAUGUAGAUGAAAGGGGAACCUCCAUAGAUCUUAUCUAGGGGAAAAGAUGGUGUAUUGAAAUUGAGAGAAAAAUACGAUGUUCCGUUUCGGUUCUUGUAGGAUAUGGUUUCCUUUUCAUCUCACUAUAAAGAGAUUGUUAGAAUUGUUGCU